GGAACCCCGCCCGGCUUUGACGCGCCCCCGCCGCCGGAGGCGCUGAAGAAAGCUAAGGAGGAGGAGGAGAAAAAGAAGGAGGAAGCCAAAAAGGCUGACGAAGCUGAACAACAAAACGAAGAGGCAGGAGCUGUACAACAGGAGGAGCAAGGGAAAGAGAAGGAAGCUGACGAGGCGCACGGGUCGCCGGCGCCCAUCAAGAAGGCGCCCUGCGUCCCGCCACGACGCCCAUCGACGGAAGGCCGUGAUAUUUUCCGGACCCUGCAAUUUACGAAGCUCCCCGCCCCGGCACCAUCGUCCGAAAAGCCGGAACGUCCGGCCACGCUCGACCUGGCGGUAACUCCCGGUGAAUCUGGGAAUCAGCACUGCCGGCAGCCUGUUGCCGUCCAGCCUGCACUCUUCCCUCUUGGCCAAUCGCGAAGCACCACGGUCCUCGUCGAGUUU